GAUUUGUGGCUUAGCCCCGAAGUUCAUAAAUCAUAUUCUUUAUUUACCUUCGACUCCCAUCUGAUUUGCAGUGCAGUUCGCUUUGCGCACAUUGACGUGAAUAUGUUUUGGUACAGUAAGGAGCUUAUAGUGAUGGAUAUACCGUUAUGAAACAGCCUGGAUUCUGAAUCAGAGGAGACAAGAUAACCAGUUUUGUCCACCCUGUUGCAGUAACGACGACACACGCUCUCGCAUCGACAAGAGACGUUUGAGUCAUUGGGCGCAGAAUGGAACUUUCCAGCGAUGGACAUACCAUAACGAGACAGGUGACCAACUCGGAAUCUGAGUUGGCAGAGACAAGGCCCCCAGGUGUAUCAGUUGAAAGAACAGACAUAACUAAACAUGACAUAAGAUCAAAGUACACAAGUUCAUCGCCAGUCGAGUCAGGUUCACAGUCUGGGGUUGCCGAUGGUCACGCUACAGGUUCGAACUGCACAGGGGUCAACAACGGACAAAUGGAAACGAAAACAGUGACUGUAUUUAACACUAAUUAUUUUUAUCCUCUUUCCAAUGCUGCAUAUAGCCAACACAGAAAGGCUAUUGGUCUGCCGGACACUGGAUGUUUUGCUGGAAAACAAGUCCAACCAACAACAUCAACUGGGCAUAGGACACAACUACCGACAGAGAGCAUCCCAGAUAUGACAGCAGACGAUAGUUUAGAAUGUAAUGCGAUGUUGAAUGAAACAUCCAGUUCACCUGAAGCAAAUGAAAAGGUAUCGGAUGACGAAUUCGGUGACAGAGACCUGACAAAGACGCCGGCUACACAAGCCGUAGCACUAGAAGAACAAGCGAGUUCCGAGAAUAUUUCCGACAACUACAGAAACAUAUGUGACCAAAUGAGAACAUUAAAUGCAGAUGCACUAGGGGAAAUCUGCCUUGGACUUGCAAAACGGAGUUUAAAAUCACACUUUCCAAAUCAAGCCAGCCUGUCACAAAGUGGUUCUAUCCUUUGCAAGGAUACAAAACGUUCCUCAGGGAGUCCCUCCAUAGACAUGUCAGGCAGUGUAACAACGACACCUGAGAAUAGAGUGGAUAAAACUUCAUUAGAGGAAGAAGCAGCAGAUGAAUUUGUACCUUCUUCCGAUUGUAUAUCGCAGGAAUCAGAAAGCAAUGUCGUAGCACAGGCGUCAGUGUUCCCGAAGAGAGGUCGCGAGGAUAGCAUGAAGAGGUCCUUGCUACAUGCAAACCUGAAGAUAGAAGUAGAUUUGAAGGAUAUACAGAUACAACUUCAAGUUAAGACUAAAUUCAAUAUUUUAAGAACAGUUCACAUAGCCGAAUUAUGCCCUGUCCAAUUGAAUGAACUGUAUAGCUUCUUGGAUGAUUUGGUCUUUAGGGAAGUGAUUGUGAACCCAGCACAACCACCAAAGAUCGAUGACAGCAUUCAUUGUUGUACAAUCAUUGUUGACUUAUCUGGAAUACCGGAUAGGUUUUUGUGUAUUGACACAAGGGAAAACAUAGAAAAGAUUGUUUACUUGGCGCAGUAUCAACCAAGCCAAACAAAAGAAAUGUCAUCAUUUAUUCACGAGAUAUACAUUAAAUUAAGGGGUCGCAUCGUGACUUCAUGAGUGGACCUAGGGUAUAUUCACCUCAACUGUCAGCAUCGAUAUUAACGGUGAAUAUUUUGACUUUACUGUUCAUACACCAGUAGACCUACUCUACAACAGAAUAACAUCCUCGCCUAUGUAAAUAACUAUAAA